GUUGACAAAGUAUCGUCGUAUGGUCGUUUAUGGUCAAGUAUAAGAUUACCGAUAAAUUUAAAUUAAUUUGAAGUCGAAUAUCCAUAACGACGGUAUUCCCUGUUAGAAGAAUCCACAAAUUACUAACCUCUGCUAAGAUCAUGUGGUUUUAACGGCUUCAAACUUUGACGACCGGUUUUUCAAAAUUGGGGCAAGAAUAUCUGUAUUUUUUCUAGCAUAUGAGGUAUCCUGCCUUUCCAGCAAGACCUAAGCUUUCUUUUAUCAUGAUGAAGAGCUUAGACACGACAGACAAAGAACUUAAUGAUCAAUGGCAAGGUGGGAAGAGACGUGUUUGGAUUAUGGCGAUGUUUGUUGGCACUAUGUUCCUCUAUGCAGCACGAUCAGCCGUUCCCCUGUGUAUGGCUGCCAUGAGUAAAGAUAUGUCUUGGGAUAAAGAAGCUGAUGGUGCAGUAAUGUCGGCAUUUUUUUGGGGAUACACUCCAGCACAAAUCAUCGGAGGCUGGUUAAGUGACAAGUAUGGUGGGGAGUUGGUAUUAGGUUAUGCAGGGAUUGUUUGGUCACUCUGUACGAUGAUUGUACCAUUUCUUCCAGCUGGACCAACGUUAUUUUUUCCUCCCAUUGCUAUUAUGGUAAUUUCAAGAGUUUUUACUGGAUUAUCACAAGGUUUACACUAUCCUUCUUUGACAAACAUUAUUGUCAAAAGAAUACCAUUAAAAGAAAGAAGUUUGUUUACAAGCUCAAUAUUUUCAGCUGGACCAGUUGGGACACUACUUAUGGGAAGUGCUGGAUCUAUAGUCCUGGUAUUAUUUGGAUGGCAUAGUGUGUUCUUAUUACAAGGAUUAGUUGGUUUAACAUGGGCAUGGUUAUGGAGAUAUUAUGCAACUGGACAAUAUACACCUACAAGAACUGAACUGUCUAUAGGAAAUAUCAAAAUGACGGAAGCAACCGUUUCUGAAAAGGCUGCUCGCGUCAGUGUACCAUAUUCCACAUUUUUCAAGCAUCCUGGAGUUUGGUAGGGCAUAAUUCUCWAUUAUUGUUGCAAGACAAGUUGCAGCAAUCGUUUCAAAAAGUAGAAUUCGUUUCUACAUUUUGGCAAGAGAUUGCUUCUCUGUUGCACCAUGUUAACACUCUUGCAACCUGUGUUGCAAUGCUGUUAUGAGACAAGUUGCAGAGAAUAUUGGGUUGACCAUAGGGUAUCCAUUCAGGAAAUCCUAAUAGAUAUGCCGAGCAGUCUUUGGAGUCCCACAGUGGGGAACAGGCCACUCAGCUUUGGUACCCUUUGUAAACCACUGUAAGAGGUGUUUCAGGAAAGCAAGGGUGCAGGUAUGGUGGUGAGAGUGCUUGCAGUGCCCAUCAAUGUGACCCAGGUUUGAUUCCUGCCAAGCUCAUUAUGGUAUGUGAGUAGAGUUCCUAGUUGGUUCUCUCCUGUGCCUUGAGGGUUUUUCUCCCAGUUCUCCAGUUUUCCUCCUAGCCCUUCUUGAAGAUCGACUUCUAAAUCCCAUUUCRAUCAUGGGACAAGCUAGGGCCAUGAUUUGUGAAACCACUGGCUAUUACUUGCUACCCUUGUCAAUCGAAAGAAGUAUAUUUUUUCAAUAUAUGUGACUAAGCUGUAUUAUGAUCAGAAAUAAUUUGUUUAUUUUUUAUUUAGGGCUAUCAUAAUAUCUCAAUUUUGUCAAGCUGGUGCRUUUUGGAUUUUAUUUUCAUGGUUGCCAUUAUACUUUGAAGAAGUUUAUCCCAAU